AUGGAUUAUUCAAAUAACGAAAAUUAUAUUGAAGAAGAAGGAACAGUCAUUCACAGAAGAGAAGACACUUUCUUUAAUCCAGCUCAGAAGCUGAACAGGGACUUGACACUUACCGUUGUUGAGGAGUAUUUCAAGGGGAAAGAGAAUGUACGCAUUUUGGAUGCAAUGGCUGCUUCUGGCUUAAGAGGAAUCAGAUAUCUAAAAAAGAGUGAGAAAUUCAAUCUCUUUCUCAAUGACUUUUCAACACAGGCCAUUCAAAGCAUCAGAGACAACCUGAAUUUGAAUGAUAUCACAGAGUAUACGAAAGUGGAGAAAAUAGAAAGAAAUACAAAGAACAGAGUCACAAUAACACAGAUGGAUUGUAACGUAUUGAUGAAUCAGACCAAGCACUAUUUUGAUGUCAUAGACAUUGAUCCAUUUGGAAGCUGCAACACGUUCAUAGAAAGUGCAUUCAAGGCAGUAAAAGGAAAUGGCCUGAUUUGCUUCACUUGCACAGAUAAAGCAGCACUCUGCUCUAGAACUGAGAAGUGUUUUGUAAAAUAUGGCUCAACAAUAUUCAGAAAUUUCAGCAAGAAUGAAACACCAAUCCGUGUUCUUCUAAGUUGCAUCAGCAAAACAGCAGCCAAAUUCGACAUGUCCAUUGAUCCAAUCAUCUCAUUCUCAGUAGAUUACUACUUGCGUGUGAUAUGCAAAAUAAAGGCAACAAAAGUUAAAGAAUGCAUAAGUUCAAAUGGAUAUGCACUGAUAUGUGAAUGCGGUGAAUACAGAAUGGUUGGAUUGACUGAACGUAUUAAAAGCACGGUUUGCGAAAACUGUGGAGUCAAUAUGAAGCAGUAUGGCACAUUCUGGACGAAACAACUUUAUGACAAGGAAUUUGUAGAGAGGCUGCUGGUAAACGUAGUUGAAGCUAACAACCAAAGAAUCACAGGUUUACUACGAUAUUUCCUACAGGAGAUUGAAUAUCCGUUUUAUUACGAACUAGGGAAACUAUACAAGUGGUGUAAAUUGCCACAAAUCAAACGGAAGCAUUUGAUGACUGCAUUGGCAAAUAAAGGAUACCGUGUGUCUCUAACACACUGUGACCUAGAGGGAUUCAAGACUGAUGCACCAGCUGCUGUGAUAUACGAGACCAUUAGAACAUUCAAUAAGGAUGAAGAGUUGCUACCAAAUGAGGCAGUUGAAAGCAUUUUUGCAACAGAUUUCCACAAAAAAACAAUCAGCUCAGGAUUGAAACCCGGUGCACUGCCCAUAAAAAAGGAUCAAUAA